AAAAGUUUUCAUUUUGAGCUCCAAAACGAGCUACAAUGGCGCAACGAGGAGAAGAAACUCGCUUAAACCCCAUUGUGCCGGUAUACGCCGGAUCUGAGACCGGCCAAUCAUCUUCCGGGAAGCGCAGCCGUGAGGACGAGGCGCCGCCACCGGGUGGAGGAGAAGACGACGAGUCGUACUCGGCGCCGAAGCGGCGAGCCAAAGCUCAGGACGUGCUCUUCAGAAUCGUGGUGCCGUCGUCGCAGAUCGGCAAGGUCAUCGGCAAAGAAGGAUGCAGAAUACGGAAGAUUCGCGAGGACACCAGAGCCACCGUCAAAAUCGCCGACGCCGUCGCCAGACAUGAAGAGCGUGUGAUCAUCAUAAGUUCCAAGUACAGUGAUAACCAGGUUUCGGAUGCUGAGAAUGCUUUUCAGCAAAUUGCUACUUUAAUUCUCAAGGAAGAUGAUAGUAGUGUUGAGGCAGCAAAAGUUGGUGCUGGACAUGUAGCUGCCAAUACAAUAAGGCUUUUGAUCGCCGGGUCCCAGGCAGGCUCUUUAAUCGGGAUGUCCGGUCAGAAUAUAGAGAAAUUGAGGAACUCUUCUGGUGCUUCAAUCACUGUUCUAGCUCAGAAUCAGUUGCCUUCGUGUGCUUCUGCUCAUGAAUCCGAUCGAGUUGUUCAGAUAUCAGGUGAUGUUCAUGCUGUUCUGAAGGCCUUGGAGGAGAUUGGUUGUCAACUAAGGGAAAACCCACCUAAACAAGUAAUUUCUAUCAGCCCGGCAUAUAACUAUACAACGGUUCGACCGCCUCAACCUUACAUGGAUCCAACUUCAGUUGAUUAUGUAACCUUCGAGAUGGCGAUAUCGGAAACUCUGGUUGGUGGCUUGAUCGGCAGGUCUGGCUCUAACAUAUCAAGGAUUAGGAAUGAAUCUGGAGCAACGAUCAAGGUUUAUGGGGGGAAAGGUGAACAGAAACAGAGGCAAAUUCAGUUUGGUGGUAGUGCCCAACAGGUUGCGUUGGCGAAGCAAAGGGUUGAUGAAUAUGUCUAUUCUCAGUUGAUACAACAAGCUGAUGCUCAACAAGCAGCAACUACAUUGCUAAGACAAUGAUCUUCGGUCACAUCAUGAACCUAACUCCGAGGCGUUCUCGGACUUGAAGAGAUGAUGAAGCUAUAAAACAUCAAGAAAUUGAGCUCCUAUCUCAACAAUUGAAAGUUGACCACAAGAAAUUCAGUUUCAUAAUCAUAGGUAUCAACUCAAGCAAUACAAUUUGUCGCUCUAUGCUGUUUUUGGCAAUAACGUACCAAAUAUGGAAAAUGUGUAAAAGGUAAAGGGUGAUAUUGCAUUGUUAGAAUUUUUUUUUUUUUUUUUUUCUGUUAGAUGGGAUUUUAAAGGAUACAUGAACAUCUCAAGUCCU